GACGGUUUCCGUUGAACGCGGCGUGUCUAAACCGUGCGCAAAGCCACACGCGAUUUCGAUUCGGCUCGAACGCCAAACGAGAGAUUUAACGGUUCGCAGGGAGAGUGUGUGUGGCACUUUUCAGUGUGGAAUCACAUCUGCGUUUGGUUCAUUGGGAUAUGAUCGCUUCUGGAUAGAUUCGGAUCGAUACGAGAAAUAGAAUAGAAGAUGCUUCCGGCUGUAGACUACCUUCUGAGUGUCCAAUUGCUGGCUUUCAUUCCAUUCAGACUGAUGGCAGCCGCGUCUGCCAACCCCGAAGACUGGGUGUCAGGAUCCCCGUUCAGUCACUUUGCUGACGCAGAUGCUGACACGUUUACGUCAGCGUACCUGAACGUCACAGUGUGGACUGAUCGGGGGUGGAAGUCGGACAAAACGGAAGUAGGGAGGUACGGAGGAGGAUAUGUUGGUCCGGCUUUCGGCGAGCUAGUCCACGUGUCUUCGCCGUCAGACCCGGCAGACCACUCUGGUUGCCGGCCACCGCUGGAGAGUUCCAGGUCAGACCGGAAGCUUCCGGCUCCGGGCCGGCCUUGGAUAGCUCUGGUGCGGCGAGGUCGGUGCAACUUUGAGGUCAAGGUCGAGAACGCCUUCAGGGCAAGGGCCGCGGCGGUCAUCGUGUACAACGACAGGGAUUCGGCCAGUUUGGACAAGAUGAAGAUCAGUAAUGAGCCUGGAAGUGAGUACAAACAAAAUGAAUUACCAUUUUUUGACAACAGUUUGAAGGAUACGUUAUGUCGCAUAUAGUGAAAAGUAGAACAAAAAUAUAAGUAUACUUGGCACUAAUAAGUUCAGACUGGGUGGAAUAAGUUGUUUGUCUUCAAAAUUCAGUCUGUAAUCUGGAUGAA